AUGACGGAUUUCCCGUUUGUUCUGGUGUUGAUAAGUUUGUGGUGCGUAACGGGAUCUUCUGUGUUUAACGCGCUCGUCUCCUUCCUGUUCAAAGCCUGCAGGUGGGACAUUGGACAGAAGGGCUUUCCCAGCAGCAUGGCAGCCACCAACCCUUCCUCCUGCCGCCUUUUCCUCUUCUUCUGCUUCUCCUUCCUCAUCAGCCAGCCCGCCCUCACCCAGGACCCAUCUGUUACCACGAUGACAGUAACCAAAGGCGACCAGUUCAUCGUCCCCACCACGCUGGCCAACCAGACGACUCCCAACUACGUGGAGACGACCCAAAACACCCCCCUAGAGACGGGAUUGUCCACUCCCACAAGUGGUGGAGACGCAGACGACGAGGAUGUCCCUCCAUCUGGCGGGACCCGUUGCCAGGGUUACUAUGACGUGAUGGGUCAGUGGGACCCGCCGUUCAACUGCAACGCCGGCGUCUUUCUGUACUGCUGCGGCACCUGCUUCUACCGCUUCUGCUGCCAGUUCCGCCAGCAGCGGCUGGACCAGAGCAUCUGCUCCAACUACGACACGCCCAUCUGGGCCAACACCGGCAAGCCCGUGGCCACCAUCACAGAGGGGCAGGACGACCAGGAGCGGGACCGCACGCACCUCAUCGUCUACAUCAUCUGUGGAGUGGUGGCCAUCAUGGUGCUGGUCGGCAUCUUCACCAAACUGGGCCUGGAGAAGAGCCGCGGAGGAAAAAUUAUUUACAGCCAGUGUGUGUUCGUCUCCAGGACACUGACGGACCUGCUGAAGCAGCAGGGAGGUGAGGUGAGCUCGGUGGAGAACGCCACGGCCAGUUCACCCAGCAGAGGGAGAGCCAAUGGCAUCUCGGCCAGGAUGCUGCGCAGCAGGAGUGAAAAUUAUCAUCUGAAUAACUCCGCUUACGGGCCGUUUGGACAAGGGCUUCCACACCCGCACAGCAACCACAGCACAGUGGGACUGAACAAGUACACCUCCCUGAAAGCUGUGGCCGACAGUGCAUCUCGUAGCUACUACAAGAGCUUCCCGCUCAUGGACUUCUCCCACUACCAGCCUGUGGCACCUCCUGCUUUCCAGUCUGUACCAGUGCAGCCCAAAGAGAAGUCCUACAUCCACCAGCCCCUGCCAGCACACCACGACCUCCAUGCCCCCCUGUCCAUCUCCAUCCCUUCCAGCCAUCUGGAGCACCAGCGCCUCCCCAAGACCACCACGCACCCGCUCCUCUCCAGCUCGGCCUUCAAAGCGUGGGAGCCAACUGGCCGCCACGUGCACAGGCAGAUCUCCGCCCCGGGGCACACCUCCCGAAGACACGGCUACUCGACCCGGAGGCAGCAGAGCAUAGAGAACAUGCCGGAUCUCUUUAGCCAGCCCUAUGGAGCGAUGUAUGGAGCUGGAGCUGGAGCUGGAGGAGGGGCCGGGCAGGGGCAGCAUGUCCAUGUGCAACACCCACCUCAACCCCCCUACUACCACCACACCAGGCAGAAGAGCUACUCCACCCACAGUACGACUGAGGUGACCGUCUGA